UUGAAAGGGCUUUAAUGAACACUGUUUGGUGUGUUUGAAAGCUAAUGGUCAGAGGAGAGCAACAGAAACAGCCUCGGAGCUUUUAGGGUAAACCGAUUAGCAUUUUUCCCAAUUGAGAUGAUUGUUUCACCUUCCCUUUUUACCACAAGAUUUUUCAUCCUCCGUUGCCUUUUGUUGGUACUGAAAUGACAUACGGUUAAGGAAGCCGCUUCGGUGUGAAUGCAGUCCUUUCCCCCUCCUUCUCCUGUAGAAUCUCUGCCUGCCACAGACGGGCAGAGCAUGUGUUUCUCUUGUCUUGGUUGGGUGCACAAAUCUUCUUUUAUGUGUGCUGCUUCUUACCCUGUUGCCUAGACGAUCACUGGCUCUCACUAAGGAUGUCUGGUUCUCGUAAAGAGUUUGACGUGAAGCAGAUUUUAAAAAUCAGAUGGAGGUGGUUUGGUCAUCAGGCAUCAGCCCCUAAUUCCGCAAUCGAAAGCCACCAGGGAGACUUCUGGAAUAGAGGACAAAAUGUAACAACUGGUGGCACAAAGUUUCUAGAUUCGGGUAACCUACCUUUAACAGCAGUCGGUUACAGAAGGUCUAGCCAACAGGAUUUCCAGAAUUCACCUCCUUGGCCAAUGGCAUCCACCUCAGAAAUCCCUGCAUUUGAAUUCUCUGCAGAAGAUUGUGGAGGUGCACGUUGGCUUGACAGACAAGAAACAGAUGAUAGAGCAAGUGAAGAAGAAAAUGAAUCGGACAGCAGUUCGUGCAGAACCUCCAACAGCAGUCAUACCUUAUCAUCUUGUCAAACUAUGGAGCCCUGUACAUCAGAUGAAUUUUUUCAGGCUCUCAAUCACGCUGAACAAACUUUUAAAAAGAUGGAGAAUUAUCUAAGACACAAACAGCUAUGUGAUGUGGUGUUAGUUGCUGGUGAUCGGAGAAUUCCUGCUCACAGAUUGGUCCUCUCAUCUGUUUCGGACUACUUUGCAGCAAUGUUUACCAAUGAUGUAAGGGAAGCAAGACAGGAGGAAAUCAAGAUGGAAGGUGUGGAGCCAAAUGCAUUGUGGGCUCUGGUUCAAUAUGCAUAUACAGGUCGCCUUGAGUUGAAAGAAGAUAAUAUUGAGUGCCUGUUGUCUACAGCUUGCCUUCUUCAGCUCUCUCAGGUUGUAGAAGCAUGCUGUAAAUUCCUCAUGAAGCAGCUUCACCCGUCCAAUUGCCUUGGAAUCCGAUCUUUUGCUGAUGCGCAGGGUUGCACUGACUUGCACAAAGUGGCUCACAAUUACACUAUGGAAAAUUUCAUGGAAGUAAUUAGAAACCAGGAAUUUCUGCUAUUGCCAGCCACUGAAAUUGCAAAGCUUUUAGCAAGUGAUGACAUGAAUAUUCCUAAUGAAGAAACUAUAUUGAAUGCACUACUUACAUGGGUUCGACAUGAUUUGGAACAGAGAAGGAAGGAUCUCAGUAAACUCCUGGCUUACAUUAGACUGCCUCUGCUUGCUCCACAAUUUCUGGCAGAUAUGGAAAAUAAUGCACUCUUUAGGGAUGACAUUGAGUGUCAAAAACUCAUUAUGGAAGCAAUGAAGUACCAUCUGUUGCCAGAGAGACGACCUAUGUUGCAAAGUCCUCGCACCAAACCUAGAAAAUCUACAGUGGGAGUGUUGUUUGCAGUUGGAGGAAUGGAUGCAACAAAAGGAGCUACAAGCAUUGAAAAGUAUGAACUUCGUACCAACAUGUGGACUCCCGUUGCAAACAUGAAUGGACGAAGACUACAGUUUGGAGUUGCAGUCUUAGAUGAUAAAUUGUAUGUUGUUGGUGGCAGAGACGGACUGAAAACAUUGAAUACUGUGGAGUGCUACAACCCUAGAACGAAAACUUGGAGUGUAAUGCCACCGAUGUCCACACAUCGUCAUGGUCUUGGAGUAGCCGUAUUGGAAGGUCCCAUGUACGCUGUAGGAGGACAUGAUGGCUGGAGCUACCUGAACACGGUAGAAAGAUGGGAUCCACAGGCUCGUCAGUGGAACUUUGUAGCUAGUAUGUCAACUCCAAGGAGCACUGUUGGUGUAGCAAUAUUAAAUGGAAAGCUUUAUGCAGUUGGUGGUCGAGAUGGAAGUUCUUGUCUUAAGUCGGUAGAAUGUUUUGAUCCUCAUACAAACAAAUGGACUCUCUGUGCUCAAAUGUCAAAAAGAAGAGGUGGUGUAGGUGUAACCACUUGGAAUGGGUUCUUGUAUGCAAUAGGCGGUCAUGAUGCCCCAGCAUCAAACUUAACAUCCAGGCUGUCAGACUGCGUAGAAAGGUAUGAUCCAAAAACAGAUAUGUGGACUGCUGUGGCCUCUAUGAGCAUUAGCAGAGAUGCAGUGGGAGUAUGUCUUCUUGGUGACAAGUUGUAUGCUGUUGGAGGAUAUGAUGGUCAAACGUACCUUAAUACUGUGGAGUCUUAUGAUCCCCAGACAAAUGAAUGGACACAGGUUGCACCAUUGUGCUUAGGAAGAGCUGGAGCGUGUGUUGUGACUGUAAAACUAUAAAUUAUUUUCUCUGUGAAGGUGACAGUCUCUUCUGUAGGAGAAUUUCUUAUUUCCUCUAGCCAACUAAAAGUGCACCAGUAAACACCAGGUGCAGGGUAUCUACAACAGCAAAGUGUUUGGUCUCCAGCUGACGUACACCUACCUGUUGUUCUUACGGACCAAUAUUAAGCACUUUUUAAAGAAUCAUCUUUGUUACCUGUACAUUAGAAGAACUGCAAGCAAAUCAGCUGCAACCAAGAUGUUGCCAGAGGAGGACUUCCGUUGAGGAAAUACUAAGAAAAGAGCAAACUCAUUGUGAACUCCCUGGGAUAAUGAAAUGUUAUUUAGGGCCUUGAUCCCUCUAAAAUGCAGAGGAGUGAUGCUAUUAAUGGAUAUAGCUCCACUGAUGUCAUUGAGUCUAUCUCUGGGUGAAACAAGUUCCAGGAUUGGGCCCCAUAUAUUUAAUUUGCCUAUAAUAAACAUGUUUUGCUAUAGGUAUCUGAACUAUUACAAUGCAGUCUGACAAACCAAUGCAAACCAUUGUAAAUGGCAGGUGUAAUGCUUGCCUUAAAAAUGAAGUUGUGUAUUUGGUGAAUCUUUUGCACUUUUAUCAUCAUUCCUAGUUUAGAAAACUUUUUAUUUAACCAAAGCCUUAUUUUAAAUAUUGUCUUAUUAUGCUAACAGAAAUCUGCUAUUUAAUAAUAUCUGCAGAUUUUUGAUAUCCAGUGUACUUUUUUUUAAAGGUUUUCCGUAAGAUGGAGAACAUCAUACCUUUUUCUCUACUUUGGUUCUUAUAUUUACAUUGUUAUUAUUUUUAAGGAAAAAGCUGUAAGCAUGAGUUAUUAGUUGAAAAAAUUCUAAAGUGUAAUUAGUUAACCAGUUUAAUAAGAGCACUUUGGAAUUUUCAAAGCAUUCCAUUGCAUCUAGACUAAGAGUCUACUUUGAUUCUCUUUAGUUGUAUUUUACAUGAGGCUUUGCACUAAUUUGAGAAGUAUGAUUUUAUAAGAUGAAAUGAAACUGUUGUCUGUCUUUUUUUUCCCAAUAAGAUGAUUUCAAAAUGUAAACAGCCCCGUCCUACAAGAUGCUCAACUAGCACCACUUAAGCAUGUUCAGCAUCUUAUAGGAGAGCUGUGUGCUCCUGGCGGGAUUAUAUCAAAUCAGCUACCUAAUUUAACAGUUGCUUAAUUUUUUUCAGAGGCUUUAUGAUUUGCCUUUUUUGGCUCCUCUGCUAUGUCACACAGUUGCUUUGGAGGGUCUGAAUGUUUCUGACAGUCUUUCUGUAUUUGCUUUUCUGUGCCUUGCUCCUCCCCUUUUGGCAACAGUAGGCGGUCGCUUGUAAUGGAGGAUGUGGAGAUGUGAGCUCAUUGAAUGUUUCCCAAAUUGAAGCGUCCGACACCCAAAGUCUUUGUACGUUUGUAAUUUUAAAUUGACAUGUGUCAGUGCUCUUGACGAACUAUUUAUUGGUUUAAAGGAAAUUGCCAAACUUUGUGACGAAACCUGCACUGUUUGAAACUGAAUACAGCUAAACUUAAACGCA